AUGUUGCUCACAGGAACCGGCAAGCCGCGAGUCAUCCUCGGGACCAUGACCUUUGGUCCCGAUACCGAUUCAGGUGCUCGUCAAACCGAUCUUGCCGACUACAACAAAGCCUUGGACUAUUUACAAUCCCAGGGCUACAAUGAAAUCGAUACUGCUCGCACUUACGUUGGCGGAAAGCAGGAAGCAUGGACCAAGGAUGCCCACUGGAAGGACCGUGGUCUGACCCUGGCCACCAAGUGCUACCCUCACGAGCCUGGUAUGCACAAGGCAGACAGCAUCCUCGCCUCGCUCGACAAGAGUUUGGCCGAGCUAGGAACUGAUUGCGUCGACAUCUUCUAUCUGCACGCACCAGACCGCUCUGUCCCCUUCACCGAGACUCUCGAGGCUGUUAACAGAGCCCAUAAGCAGGGCAAGUUUGUCCAGCUGGGUCUGUCCAAUUACACUGCAUUCGAGGUGGCCGAGAUUGUCAUGCACUGCAAGUACAACAACUGGGUCCGACCUACCAUCUACCAAGGAAUGUACAAUGCCAUUACUCGCAGCAUCGAGCAAGAGUUGAUCCCCGUCUGCCGUCGCUACGGUCUGGACAUUGUCGUCUACAACCCUGUUGCUGGAGGUAUCUUCUCUGGCAAGUACAAGACCAGCGAGGUGCCUACCGAAGGCCGUUACAGCGACUCGGUUGGUAAGAUGGGUGGUAUGUACCGCAAGCGAUACUUUAGAGACGCCACCUUCGAUGCCCUGCGUGUCAUCGAGCCAGUCGUUGAAAAGCACAAUUUGACCUUGAUCGAGACGGCACUGCGCUGGAUGGUGCAUCACAGUGGAUUGAACAUCAAGGAUGGUGGCAAUGAUGGUAUCAUCAUCGGCGUUAGUAAACAGGAACAGCUCGAGGGCAACCUCAAGGAUGUCGAAAAGGGACCUUUGCCUGAGGAAGUGGUCAAGGCCCUUGAUGAAGCCUGGUCGAUCACGAAAGUUGACCCUCCGAAUUACUGGCAUUUAGACCUGAAGUACACGUACGAUACCUACGAGGCGUUGUUCGGCAACAAGUCGUAG